ACACUGAUCAUCAGUGCCCUGAUUAUCUGUGUACAUCUCCUGAGGAGAGUAGAGCUGGUAAUCGGCAUUCCUCGAAGGGGACGUGUGUAUACAGAUCAUCAGAGCACUGAUGAUCAGUGUGCCCUGAUGAUCUGUGUAGCCCCAGCAGUGCUACCUGUCAGUGUCAAUCAGUGCCAGCUGUCAGUGCCCAUCCAUGCCACCUGCCAGUGUCCAUCCAUGCCACCUGCCAGUGUCCAUCAUGCCACCUCCAGUGUCCAUCCAUGCCACCUGCUGUCCAUCCAUGCCACCUGCCAGUGUCCACCCAUGCACCUGCCAGUGUCCACCACCUAUCAUCAGUGCCCGUCCCAUCUGUGC